AUGUACCGUGAGACUGAGGUGGAGGCGAAAGUUACGCGCUGGGCGAAGGUGUAUCACUCCAGUUCUGUGGAGUCAUUCUCAGCUUUGAUUGGCACUUACAAUGAAGUACAAAGUUUUGAGAAGUACAUAGAGGAGAUUACAAAACAUGCAUGCUCCAGCGAGUCACGCCUCUAUCCGCUGGAGCUCCUACGUGAACAAUGUACUGUACUUGCUCAGUGCAACGGCAGUUGGUACAAAGAGAUGAUUAGUGAACAGCACAUCAAACAUUAUCCAGUCAGACUUGAGGAAACAAAACCAUUAAUUCGUGUUGUCAACUGUGCUCUUAAGGUGAUCAACUACAAAAGCAAGUCAGCUGAGCAGGCAUUCUGCGAGUUCCGAGAGCUGACGAGCAAUGUCUUCCUGGUUGUUCUGGCAAUGGACUACAAUGAAAAUAAGAAAGUCACCUACGUAGACUUUCUCCUAAACAAAGCGGACAAAAAGUCAUCAUUGUGCAAGAAAAUCUUCGGUCCAUGGGACAAUGAUGAUGAUAAAGUUGUCACGCGCUCAGUGAAAGCCUCAAAGUUGUCGGGCAUGGACUCUUUGACGGUCUGGGUGAAGAUGGGGCUGGAAUGCGGAAUUUCACCCAAGUACUCUGGUUCAUUUACGAGUCACUGGCCUGCAGAUCUUGGAGACUGCCCAGAAAACCUGAUGUGUGCGUGUAAGUUCAUCGCCGAUUUUAUGGAACUUCAUUUUGAUGGUGACGUACGAGUUAAUGAUGCUGUGAUGAAGAAGGUGCUAGAUGUUGUCGAGCUUCUCAAGAUGGCUAUGUUCUACCAGAACUUCAAAAUGGAAAUCAAAGAAGAAUUGUAUGCACUGAUUACAACUUUCGAUAAGUUCUAUAAACGUAGACAUGCACUGACACAAACUGAUGGCGAAACAGACGUCGGAAUCACCUCUACGGGAAGCAAAGAAGCAGUAGAUCGUGAUGAUGAACGAUUUCUGAAUGAUGAAAAAUCUUAUUCUCCUCCAAUGCUCCAAAAUGUUUGGUGUCAUCCGACAGCUACAACAACAAGAUCGUCAACAGCAACAAAACCAACUACAUUGUCGACGGCCACAACUGUUCAACGAAAUUCGGGAGUUACUCAAACGAAAGAUGUAAAAAAUUCCAGAGCCAUUUCCAAAUCAGGAGAGUUCAGUUGCAUGCCAGGCUUUUGCGCUAUGUUGAUGGACAGUUCAACGGAUGGAAGUAGAAGCGGUUCCUCACUGUCUGAUCGUGUCAAGCUAAAAAAUGUUGCACCCUUGAAAACUUACCACCAACAAAGUCACGAUGAUGAGAAUGAUAAGGAAGAUGAGAAGGAGGAAAAGGAUGAUGGAAAUUAUGAAAGCAACAGUGAUCACAGUAACACGGAAAAGAGGCAGCCAUUGAAAUGCGCGGAACCAGAUGUCACCUCACCAAGCAAACCACCUCCUUCUUCAGUUGAUAAUGCAAAUGAUUCUAGCUGCUCAUCGGCCAAUGGCUACUAUAACAGUGAAGUGGACAAUGAUGCAAAAUCAUUGGAAACAAAAUAUCAUCAAGUAACGAAAAAAGACAACAGAUCAUUUUUUAUACAAACGCCUUCCGCAAGCUCAGCAGAUGAAUCCAAUUCACAUGAUGUUGCCUCUUCAAUUAGAAGUGAUGUAGAAAAGAAGUUGGGAAAUGAGAAGAUGAUCACGCAAGAUGUUUUGAAACCAAACGAUAAAUGUGACAACAACAAUUCAACAACAAUUGAUGGGCAAACAGAACUUGGUACAUUUGAUCUGAGCUAUAAUGAAAAAAAUGUUAAGUGGGCUUUUUAUAAACUAACGCCGAAAAAAGAUAAAGGCGUCGAUGAACAUUACGGUCCUAAAAGCAAAAAGAAUGCGAAAAAACAACAACAGGGGAGUGCGGUGUCUGCUUCUCUAUCAAAUACUUCAUUAGGAAACCUCACCAAUGUAACUGCUGAUGACGACGAUAACUUUCCGCCUCUGUCGAGCAGCAGCAAUCGAAACUCGAACAGAAACUACGAUGCCUCUUGCAACGGUGAGGCCAAUGAAACGAAUAAAUUGCACUGGCUUUCCGAUGAGAACAAACCUUUGGAACAGCAGCUAAAAUUCGGAGAAACGGUGAGAUGUACGAACUGUCACGGCGUCGGGCAUUAUAGCAAAUAUUGCACCAAACCAGCAAAAAACACGGGUUUCUUCUGCUGAUGCUCACAGAGCGCCGCUUUUAGCUUAUCUUUCUUCUCUUUCUCUCUCUCUCUCUCUCUCUCUAUAUAUAUAUAUAUAUAUAUAUAUGUGUGUGUGUGUGUGUGUGUCUGUGUGUGUGUGUUCUUUCAUUUACGAACAAAGGACAUUUUAACAUUUUACUAAAUUAUUAAUGAAAACUUCAUUUUUUAAAGUUAUUUAAAUAUACGUAGAGAGAUGGAGUGAAGAAAUGUACAAUAUUGUCGGAUCGGCGAUUGG